GACACCGUUGAGGACACUCUUGAGAUGAUUGACGACUACAUGAGUGACACUCAACUCAACACAGUAUUGAAGGCGGGAAGUGAUGGCAAGUGUUUGGCCGACAACUGUGUUAACAGCAACUCUGCCAGCGAUGAGUCCGCACAAGUCGUUAAGACCCUAUCGGCUGAAAUACCAUUCAAACUGGUGAUCCGCAGAGACGGUGAACGAGUGUUUAUAUGCAAUACGUGUGACAAUGAGUACGAGUUUGAGACACAUCUGCAUCAACACUGGGAACAAAUGCACUUCCAUUGCGAUACAGACACCAAUACUUGUGCACCGAAUGUGAAAGACGUGUCCUUAAGGACCAAUCCCUCGACCGAAUCGGCCACCAAAAAGGUUGUCACCAAAAACGGCAAAAAAGUAUUCAUUUGCAAAAUAUGUGACAUUGAGUUCAUUUAUGGACCAACUUUUGAAAAACAUUGUCAUAAAAAUCACGGCCAGAAGGGCUUCCGAUGCGACCAAAACGGGUGUCAAUACGAGGGGCCGUCGAAAGAACAUCUAAGAAUGCAUCUAAAGGGACACAAAACACGGGACAAUCAGUCGUAUGUGUGUCCGGCGGACGAUUGCGGACAAGUGUUUAUUACAAAACGCGAGUUGAGUGGACACCAGCUCUCUAUCCACACCGUCUGUGAGUGCGAAGUCUGCGGCCAAGAGUUUGUCGGUCGAAAGGAGCGCACAAUUCAUCGGCGAUCACAGCAUACGAAAUACAAAUGCGAUUUCACGGACUGUCCGUUCGUGACGUACAACAACACAGCGUUGACUGACCACAAGAACAGACACUUAAACGUACGAGAGUUCCGGUGCGAAGUCGGCGACUGUGGCAAGACUUUCAUCACCAUCUAUGCGCUUAAGAGCCAUUCAGUGGUGCACAGCUCCGAACGGCCCUUCGGCUGCGAUUGGCCCGCUUGUGAGGCCACCUUUAAGAGCGCACCUCUACUGUCUGCACACCGACUCAACACUCAUGAGAGUUCUGGUCGACAGUUCUGGUAUUUGAAUGAAAGCUGUGUUUGUAAUCGCAUUGGGAAUCAGGUAUUGGUUGACACACUUGAGGCCAAAUACCAGUACAUUGUCGUCGAGUCUAAGCCCAAGACAUUAGUGGUCACCGAAAGCACAACACAUGAUGUGGUCAUCAAAUGUGAGCCCAAAGACACCAACGAUGACAACAAUGAGAGCCAACACAAGGACUCAAUGUCUGACACGUUUGAGGAGACAAUGGAUGACAACUCGAGUGACACUCAACUCGAGAGUACGGAAGUGAAGACAUCGUGUGAUGGUAUGUAUGGUUUGGAUGACAAGCAAAUGGUAAUCAAUAAUACAGAGCAAGUGUUUGAACCAGACUUUGAGGUGAAGAACAACAACACCAGCGGUAGUAUUGCUUCCCGACUGAAGACACUACUAAUGAUAGACACCACCAAAUGUGACACAAAUGAUGUAAACAAUGGUAGCCAUGAGUGGGACGACAACUACACGGAACACACCGUUGAAGACACUCUUGAGAUGAUUGACGACUACUCGAAAACGGGAAGCGAUGGCAAGUGUUUGGCCGACAACUGUGUGAACAACUCUGCCAGCGAUGAGUCCGCACGAGUUGUGAAGUUUGCUCCGAUCCUACCGAAGACACUAUCGGCUGAAAUACCAUUUAAAGUGGUCGUCGGCGGAGACAGUGGACGAGUGUUUGUAUGCAAUACGUGUGGCAAUGAGUACGCGAUUGAGACACAACUGCAUCAACACUGGCAACGAAAGCACUUUCAUUGCGAUAACGACACCAAUACUUGUAAUCUGAAUGUUAGAGACGGCUCCUCGUGGGUCAACCUCUCGACCGAAACGGCCCUCAAGAAGAUGGUCAUCAAAAACGACAAAAAAGUAUUCAUUUGCAAAAUAUGUGACAUUGAGUUCAGUUAUGAACCAAUUCUUGACAGACAUUGUUAUAAAAAUCACGGCCAGAAGGGCUUCCGAUGCGACCAAAACGGCUGCCAAUACGAGGGGCCGUCGAAAGUACAUCUGAGAAGACAUCUAAAGGGACACAAAACGAGAGACAAUGUGUUAUAUGUCUGUCCGGUCGACGAUUGCGUACAAGUGUUUACUACAAAACGCGAGUUGAGUGGACACCAGCUCUCUAUCCAUACCGUCUGUGAGUGCAAAGUCUGCGGCCAAGAGUUUGUCGGCCGAAAGGAGCGCACAAUUCAUCGGCGAUCACAGCAUAUGAAAUACAAAUGCGAUUUCACUGACUGUCUGUUCGUGACGGACGGCAACGCAUCGAUGACUGACCACCGGAAAAGACAUCUCAACGUACGUGAGUUCCGGUGCGAAGUCGGCGACUGUGGCAAGACUUUCAUCACCAGCCAUGAGCUUAAGAGCCACUCAUUGGUGCACAGCUCGAAGCGGCCGUUCGCCUGCGAUUGGGCCGCGUGUGAGACCACUUUCAAGAGCGCAGCCCUACUGAACGCACACCGACUCACUCAUGAGGGGAGUCGACAGUUCUGGUGUCCGACGAGCGGAUGUGGUAAGAGUUUUGAGACCGAAAACGGUCUCCGAAAGCAUCAACGGUCGCACAGCGUUGAUAAGUAUGUGGACAGUCGGCCGCCGACACAACGCAAAGCGAAAUACAUAUGCAGUCAUACGGGCUGUCAAUACGAGACACACAAAAAGACGUGGUUUACUUUACAUCAAAAAAGGCAUCAAAACAUACGUGAGUUUCAGUGCGAAGUCGGCGAUUGUGACCAGAGUUUUAUCGACAGUUAUGCCCUAAAACGUCAUUCACUGGUUCACAGCGAUGUGCGGCCCUUCGCGUGCGAUUGGCCCGCGUGUGAGGCCACGUUCAAGAGGACGCAAUAUUUAAACAAUCAUCGGCUCACUCACGAGGCUGUUCGGCAGUUCAAGUGUCCGCACACCGGAUGUGAUAAGAGUUUUGUGACCAGAGGUUGCCUAUCGACUCAUCGACGGUCUCAUAGGAAUGAUAAGCCGUGCGCUUGUGUUUGGCCGGAAUGUGGCCAACGGUUUGCCAGUAAUCAGACGCUUAGGACACAUGUGAACGAACACCAGGGCAUCCGACCCUAUAGUUGUCAAUACAGCGGAUGUGAUCAGAGUUUUGCCGGUAAACCCCGUCUAAGACAUCACAUGAUUGUGGUAUUGGUUGACACACUUGAGGCCAAAUACCAGUACAUUGUCGUCGAGUCUAAGCCCAAGACAGCGGUUGUCGUCACCAAAACCACACCAACACUACUGGCCAUCAAAUGUGAGCCCAAAGACACCAACGAUGACAACAAUGAGAGCCAACACAAGGACUCAAUGUCUGACGCGUUUGAGGAGACAAUGGAUGACAACUCGAGUGACACUCAACUCGAGAGUACGGAAGAGAAGACAUCAUUGAAUGACUUUGAGGUGAAGAACAACAGUGCGAGCGAUGGGUUCUCCAGAGGACUGAAGACACAAACAAUGACCAAAUGUGAGACAAAUGAUGUAAACAAUUGUAGCCAUAAGUCGGACGACAACUACUCUGAAGACACCGUUGAGGACACUCUUGAGAUGAUUGACGACUACAUGAGUGACACUCAACUCAACACAGUAUUGAAGGCGGGAAGUGAUGGCAAGUGUUUGGCCGACAACUGUGUUAACAGCAACUCUGCCACCGAUGAGUCGGCACAAGUCGUUAAGACACUAUCGGCCGAAAUACCAUUCAAACUGGUCAUCCGCAGAGACGGUGAACGAGUGUUUAUAUGCAAUACGUGUGACAAUGAGUACGAGUUUGAGACACAACUGCAUCAACACUGGGAACAAAUGCACUUCAAUCGCGAUAAAGACACCAAUACUUGUGCACCGAAUGUGAGAGACGUGUCCUUAUCGGCCAAUCGCGAGACCGAAUCGGCCACCAAAAAGGUUGUCACCAAAAACGGCAAAAAAAAGGGCUUCCGAUGCGAUCGCAAUGGGUGUCAAUACGAGGGGCCGUCGAAAUCACAUCUGCAAAUACAUCUAAAGGGACACAAAACACGAGACAAUCAGUCGUAUGCGUGUCCGGCGGACGAUUGCCGAGAAGUAUUUACUACAAAACGCGAGUUGAGUGGACACCAGCUCUCUAUCCAUACCGUCUGUCAAUGCGAAGUCUGCGGCCAAGAGUUUGUCGGCCGAAAGGAGCGCACAAUUCAUCGGCGAUCACAGCAUACGAAAUACAAAUGCGAUUUCACGGACUGUCCGUUCGUGACGUACAACAACACAGUGUUGACUGACCACAGGAACAGACACUUAAACCUACGAGAGUUCCGGUGCGAAGUCGGCGACUGUGGCAAGACUUUCAUCACCAUCUAUGCGCUUAAGAGCCAUUCAGUGGUCCACAGUUCCGAACGGCCCUUCGGCUGCGAUUGGCCCGCUUGUGAGGCCACCUUUAAGAGCGCACCUCUACUGUCUGCACACCGACUCAACACUCAUGAGAGUUCUGGUCGACAGUUCUGGUGUCCGACGAGCGGAUGUGGUAUGAGUUUUGGGUCAGACAAAGGCCUCAGUCGGCAUCAACUCGUGCACAGCGACCACAAGUUGGCGGUGAAAGUACAACACAAAUGCGAUCACACGGGCUGUCACUACGAGACACACAAUAAGGCAAAGCUGUGCGAACACCGAAAAAGGCAUCAAAACAUACGGGAGUUCCGGUGCGAAGUCGGCGAUUGUGGCCACAGUUUUGUCACCAGUUAUGCAUUGAAACGGCAUUCACUGGUUCACAGCGAUGUGCGGCCCUUCGCGUGCGAUUGGCCCGCGUGUGAGGCCACUUACAAGACUGUCAACUGUUUGAACAAUCAUAGGCUCACUCACGAGGCUAUUCGCCAAUUCAAGUGUCCGCACACCGGAUGUGAUAAGAGUUUUGUGACCAGAGGUUGUCUAUCGACUCACCGCCGAUCGCAUAGGAAUGACAAGCCGUACGCUUGUGUUUGGCCGGAAUGUGGCCAACGGUUUGCCAGUAAUCAGGCGUUUAGAGCACAUGUGAACGAACACCAGGGAAUCCGACCCUAUAGUUGUCAAUACAGCGGAUGUGAUAAGAGUUUUGGCGGUAAACCCGGUUUCAGACAACACAUGAAAGUGGUUCACAAACACUGCUUUUGA